GCUAAAGAUGUUCUCUACUUUACCAACACCAAUAGGUAUGGAUGGACUGCUGACCGGUCAGUGCUAGUGAAACCUUGACUACCACAGAACGAUGAGCCGACGUAUGUUAAAGCACAGAUACCCAACAGGAAAAGCAACAGAGACAGCCCCAUUACCUCAGCCAGCUGCUGACAUAAUGCCUCAGUGGGAUGGGGCGGCCAGCUUUCAGCCACCACAGUAUCCCCCUCAGCAGCAGCCACAAAGCAACUCACAGGAGGGCUGGCCUUCGUUGCCAACAGCAGCAGCCAACGGAAGCACUGCUGGUUCUGCAGUCCGCUAUGGGCAGGAAGAGAACUACUGGAACUGGAACAUUCACCAGGAGUCUACUGCAGUGGCAGGUGGGGAUGGGAUGAUGUCAGCCUCGAUGCAGUCCUGGAACAGUGGUAGCUGGAGUGCUCCACAGCCGGAGAUGGCCUCGGCAGGUCCCCAAUCAUGGACUGGAGGGGGUGGGGCACAACCACCCGACCCAACUGGAGUGGGUGGCGGCACAAACUUGCACGAGGCAGCAGUGGCACCAGUGACGAGUGAUGGGACGUACCACCAUCCGUCACUCUAUACCGGUGCCCCUCAAUUUGUGCCCCCUCAAGGGGGACAACAGUAUGGAAGCGGAGGUGUCGUAACAGAGGGCACUGGUCCCCAGGAAGGAUGGGUUGCACCACCUUGGGGUGGUGACACGAGCCAGUGGCCAUCUGGCCAUGAGCAGCAGCAGCAGUGUGACUCAGUCCAGGCACAGUGGCAAUGGAAAGAAGGAAUGCCAGCUGAAGGUUGGCAGUCUGCUGAUAACCAGUGGCAGGGCUAUGACUCUCAGGUGGGCAGCACACCUGUUGCUGGCCAAUAUGAGGGUUCCUCCUUGGCAGCGUACAACCCACCUGAUGACUCGCUACAUUGUCAAGAGCAGCAGCAGCAGCUCCACGAGCAAGGCCCACCUAGCACAGCUGGAGAUACUGCAGCCAGUGAUGUGUCUGUCCCUGCAUACCCUUCUAAUUUUGCUGCAGACAGUCAAGAUGGCUCUCAAGGUACUGUAGGGAGCCUGCAUCAGCCGUCGCACCAGUACGUUGAGUCAGGAGACGAAGGCACAAUGUCCAUGUUCUUUCAAGAUGGUGGUGGUGCUUCGGUUUACGAGGAAGGGAUGGCUGCAGCGGAGGAGAGCAGAGAAGGGCACAGCACACACGACCUGCAGGUGGCACAAGAGCAUGCAGAGGAACAACCAGCUUCAUUGGGCAUCGAGUCUCAUGAACAAGAGGUAGCAGCCACGGAAAUGCCCGAAGAUGGCGCUGCGGUCACAAUAGAGUCUGUGAACCAGGAAGUUCCAGAUUUGGUUUUUAGGCCAGAGCCGCAAGAGGCAAUGCCUCUGCACAUGGAAGGCAGUGGACCCAGCAGUGAAGAGGGUGCGUGUGCUGUCGCGGUGACACCUGGGGCGGAGUGUGGGGCUCAGUGUCCAGCACCGUCCAAAAAGGCGGUGAUUCGGGCUCGCCAGGGAGGGCCCUUCAAGCCGCCCGUGCUUAUCCGGCAAGGCUCAGCUGAGACAGAUUACCUACGGGUUAUCUACCAAUUGUUAUGGUAUUUGUGGCAUGCUCUGAUGCAGCAGAAUGCAGCCCAGUUGCACCUUCCUCCCGACAACUUGGAGCUACUGCCACCGGAUGAGGUUGCGCGACAUGCCUCUCUGCGUCACCACCACCUCCACCACAGGCAAGGUGUUGCACCAUCACCAACAGUUGCAGGAGUCUCUGUUGGCACGGGCCUGACGCUGCUCGAUGCACCUGACAUGCAACCUCUGGUGACCCUGGCACCAGCAGCGCCACCCAUUUCACACGAACGGCCGGCUUCACGUGCAAACUCCCUCUCUGGGGCACAAUCUAAUGAUGUGGUGGAGCAGUCAUCCAGUCCUUUGACCAGUGCUCCAGCUCCCAAAGCUCCCACUGAGGAAGUGGCAUCACUGGAUGGCCACAGUGAAGCUCAUGUCCCGAGGAUGGUGGCGCCCCCACUGAUGCGACAGAGCCCCCUGGGGAGGGAAGAGGGAACAGGGAGAAGCACCAUAGCUCCACCUCCACUGAGGGUGGCAACAACGCUUGCGCCAAGCCCCCUGCUUGUUGACUCAACACUACCGGAGAGGACCGAGCCCUCAGGAAGCACUGACAGAGACAAUCCCCAGCCUGUCGUCACUGCAACUCGUGCUGGUGAAGUGAAGGAAAGCCUGGUGGGUUUGAGACCUAAUGCGACAUCCACACCGACGGGUCAUCUUUCCCCUCACCAUGAAACCAUCAACGUUAGUGCAGUUCUGGCACACCCUAAACACGACGCAAAGGAACCUCUUGACAAGGGCAGCGAACAACGUGUACGGCAAGAGGAACCACGGAAAGACAAGCAGGACGAUAGGGACCCUAGGGACUAUCGCAAUGACAGGGAUUUUAUAGAAUCUAGGGAACCGGUGCAUGGUCGGGACUACAGGGAUUCUCGGGACUCUAGGCCAGCCAGGGGACAUGGUAGUGAUGACGAAAGUCCAGAUUGGAAAGGAAGCAGAGAUGAUUUUGAACGCGAUAGCAGGCGGGGGGGCGGCAGAGCAGAUUUCAGGGAAGACCAGGACCGGAAGAGGGACCGUUACUAUGAUCGGCCAGAUGAUCGAAGGGACUGUGCAAAAGACGACCGCGAUGAGUACAGGAGAGGAGGUGGGAGAAGUGGUGUUGUUGAGGAUAGAAAGAGGAGAGAUGACUACCAUGACGACCGAAGGGGUGACAGAAGGGAUGACCAGUAUGAGGACCGGAGGGGAGAUCGGCAGGAGGAGCUCAGGGACGACUACCGCAAAUCAGACCGGAGAGGUGACCAUUACCACGACCGGAGAGACCAGUGGAGGGGACAUGAAAGCGAUGAUGACUGGAAGGAGCGGCGGUCAGACCGCAGGAGUGACCGUUACAGCAGCAGGCAUGACUACCGCUAUGACGACCGUCAGAGCGACCGAUACAGUGACCGUGGCCGGCCGUCGAGCCGAACCUCUCAGGAUGCUUACCUCGAUGACUUUGACCGGCGGGGCGACCGAAGGCAUCGGGACAGCCACAACCGACUGUCAUCCAGGCACAGUGAAUCCGACAGCUCAUCUCCAGACUCUCGGAGAGGUUACGGCACUGGCAAGCAUCGAAAGUAUCGAGAUGCGGAAAAGAUGGGAUCUGGCACCUACCAUGAUCAGAAGAGCUACGGAGGAGCUGGUGGCUAUGACUACAAUGCUUACCGAAGAGACUACUACAAUUACUAUCACUAUGGCUAUGCACCACGCUCUGGCUAUGGCUAUGGCUAUUAUGAUGAGUUGUACAGAACCAAUCCAGCCUAUAAACAGCAGGUGGAUGCCUACUAUGCUCGGCUAGGUUACAACCCAGCACAACUAAUGGAGCGCCUGAGUGUACAUUCUGGCCGGUCAUCGGCCAAUGGAGAUUCGCGUCGUGAUGAGAGCUUUGCCAGCAACACGGAAGAUGAUUGUGACCCCAGCAUUCUCGACCAUGAGUCCACACGGCUCGACCAUGUGCCUCAACCAGAAGAGGUAAAGAAAUUCUCCCGGCCACAUCCACUGGCUCGCUUUUGUGGUGCCAACGGUUUGCUCAAGCUGUUACCAACCCUCAGCAGUGGAGACCUGCCACCUCCUAUUGAAAUUCACAGCCUCAAGCACCUGUUCCAGAAGGAUCCGCAAUUCCACGAGUUGCAGGCAUUCCCAGGACCUUUAGUCAGAUCUGAGACACACAAGAAUGAUGUGAUCCAGUUCUGCACGCAGAGGAUCCAGUCAUUUGCCGAUGACCCCAGCUUGCCGGACCGGUCGUCACACAUCCUCCUUUGGGAGCUGCUUGUGCUCAUGCUCAGGCAGAAUGGGUUUGUCUCGGGUUCGGACAUUGCCGAGUUGCUUCUUCGGGGCCACGACAUCCUGGAACCGUCAACAUCUGCGUCAGUGCUUGCGGGUCGACCGGGAGGGGAGGGAGGCGAAGCGACCUCACCCGAGGGGGCCGAUGAUGGCAGCAGUCCGUCACCCGAUGAGGGCAUUGUGGUGUCCGAUCGGGCACAACUUGGAACCACAGGCUCAAGUCGCGUGCUGGCGAAAUUCCGCGAGUUCCUCCUCUUUGGGCAUAAAAAGGAUGCACUGGAGUGGGCAGUAAAGUGUGGCCUGUGGGGCCACGCCCUGUCUCUAGCCUCGAAGAUGGAUGCAAGGACCUAUGCGAGCAUCAUGACUCGUUUCACAAAUGCCCUGGCCAUCAACGACCCGCUGCAGACCCUAUAUCAGCACCUGUCUGGCCGGCAACCUGCUGCGGUCACUUGCAUAGCGGAUGAAAAGUGGGGUGACUGGCGGCCCCAUUUGGCCAUGAUCCUGUCCAACCCAUCAUCACGGCCAGAGGUGGAUGCACGGAGCAUCACCACUCUGGGUGAUGUGCUGGCCAGCCGUGGUUGCCUGUCAGCAGCACACUUCUGCUACCUGAUGGCCCAAGUGGAGUUUGGCACGUAUGCUUGCAAGUCCAGCAAGAUUGUGCUGCUGGGAUCCAGCCACCACACGCUUUCUUUUGAAGAGUUUGCAACUAACGAAGCCAUCCAGUGCACUGAAAUCUAUGAAUACUCCCAGUCCCUGGCUAAUGCAGGCUACAUGCUUCCACAUCUGCAGACGUACAAGUUUCUUCAUGCCACACGGCUUGCAGAGUAUGGCUUCGCACAAGAGGCGCUACACUAUUGCGAAGUCCUAGCAGAGGCAAUGGUUCGGCAUUGUGAGUCGGCACAGCUGGCAGCCCAGACAUACGAACUGGCAAGCCGCCUCAAGUACCACGACCCUCACUUCAGCCAGGGCCAAGGAGAGCUAGAGGAACUGGGUGAGCCCCCGUGGCUUGCCAACUUUGCCCACCUGGUCAACCAGCUGCUUCAGCAACUGCAUGGGAACAGCAACAUGUCUCAGGUUGGCAUUCAUUAUGGCCAGGAGAGCGGCUAUGAAGGUCACGAAGCACGGCCUGUGUCUGAAGUCCCGAGCAUGGAGAGCUUACACGGGCAACAAGGCUUCAACAGCAGCACUGGAUUUUCAAUGUACGAUAGCGGCAUGUCUGUUCUCCAGAAGUCAGGGAUCACUAACAACUCAUACCUGGACACCUCUGCAUGUGGUGACAGUGUGCAGGUGGUCUCUCCUUCGGCUGAGCAAUGGACAUCACUGCCACAGGCCACUCAUGACUAUUCUCAGCACCUUUCUCCAAUGUCUGCUGACAGUGGCUGGAACACAGUGCCUCAGCUCUCAACAGCUGCACAGCCUCCUUCGGCCGAGUACAACUUUGUGAGCACAAGUCCACCUCCCCUGCCUGCAGAGCCGGCUGCUGUGAUGAAUGGCAUGUCACCACAGGCCGACGGGUCAGCAUCUUCACCACCACCUGUCACCAGCCAGCCUGCCACAUUCGACUACUACAAGGCCAGCACCUACUCGCAGGCACAGAACAUGCAGCAUCGCCAAACGUCACGAGAGCGUCUGAGCAGCGUCAGCAGCAGCACUGACACUCGCGAUCGAAGGGACAGCGUUGACAGUGCUGCCUUGGCCUCUGGUCGGUCACGGCUACCAUCGGGGCCGCAGUCAUCACUUGCCACAGACCAAUCGGCUUCAGAGUCUGAACGGUCCAAGCCAGCUACAGCUAGCAAGGGAAAGACACAGGUGGCUGGCAAGAGUUGGCUGGGGGGCAUUUUCGGGAAGCUGCUUCCCAAGGGCCCCAAUCAAAUGAUCCUGCCCGAUGAUAAGGACCCUGAUAUUGUCUGGGAUGAGCAGAAGAAGUGCUGGGUCGACAAGAACGCUGCGCCAGGUGAAGCGGAGAGUCGGAUGGCAGCUCCACCUUCGGACACCAGUUUUGGGGGUAAGCCAAGUCCAGUGAGUAGCAAGCCAGGAGAGAACCGCUUUCAGCUGAGCAAGCAGCGCUCUUUGCGGAAGCACUACGUGGACGUGCUGAACCCAGACAGCAGCAAGGCAUCUGGUGACUCUCCAUCAGCGCCUGCAAUGGUAGCGUUUCCAGAACAGUCAGCUACGCAAGCCCCCGUCCAGUUCUUUGUUCCCCAGGCUGUGGCUGACCAACACGAUGGAAGCUCUGGCUACGACUUUGUGUCGCCUGCUCCAUUGCCCGACCAGACUGCAUCUGUUCCCCCACCGCCUCCAGAAACCGCGCCAACCUGUCAACCCACAGCCAAGGCUGUUUCGAUGCCGAUGAUGUUUGAUCCCGCGGACUUCUCAUCAAGGGUGGUGGACAGCAGUCACAAGGCAACUGGCGGUAACCUGGCCAGGAGGAGAGCCUACCCAACGUAGCAGAUGUCACGUGCAUGACUUGGCAGCCAUCUUGCGUACCUUUCUCUUCAAAGCCUUUUCCUAGGUUCUUUUUUUUUUUUUCCACUAGAGGACAGUAUUUCUUUUUCCAUGUGCUACUUCUUCAACUCAUGGUACAAUUUGGGAUGUUAUUUUUUCUGAGCUCUUAUUUUUCUCCUUUUAUGUAUGCUGCCCUCCCAUGGAGGGUAGUGUUUUGGGACUUUUCUGCCGUGUUUUCUGGUAGUAGGUUUAUUUCAUCAAAGUUUGAUAAAACCAGUGUGCUUGAAACUGUGCUGUCUGCAUGACACCAUUAUGCUGUUUCAGUGAACAUUUACUUUAGUCUUAAUUAUUUGCACAUGUGCAUUCAUGUAAUAUGCAAAGGCUGGCUGUCUACAGGCGUUAGUUAUGGCACUCACUUCGCGAGAGUGCAACAAAGGUGCUUGUGUGAUGCAAAUAGAAUCCUUGGUCGCACGUUUCUUCCCACUUCACGUGUGACUGAAGCGAAUCACUUUGUUGAUGCAUCCAGGUCCCUGAUAGCCUAAGAUUGUUUUUCAAGGCCUAGCAUGACAAUUUUGAUCCUUACGGGCUGAAUAGCAAAGAAAAAGUCAAUUAUGAAUGCGACAAUGCAAUGCUGUAGGUAUCAUAUACCGCACGAGCAAAACAUUGCUUUUUCAACACAAGCAUGGCAUAUUCACUUGAUUGCUACCGCAAAAAAUGUAGUUUGUUUGCUCUUGCAGCAUUGAUGAGUAAUUGUAUGAUAUUUUGCAAUUUUUAGCCUGGUUCUAAAUGAGAUUUCAUGAGCUCACUGAACGGAAACACCAGUUCACUCUGCAAGGGCUCAAACGUGAUGUGGAACUUGUGAUGCCUAGAUCACCAUCUCUCCUACAAUCAGGGCUCAAGUCUAUACACAUCAAGUUAUUCUGCCUUUGGUUGCCAUCCGAAGCCACAACCACAGGAGGCCAAGCCAAAUGGUGGCACGAGUGUCUUGCUAUUGUAUGUAUCCUGCAGCGAAGAUGAAGCAAAACAGAGGCAGUGUUCAAUGGACUAGCAACAAAAAAAAAAUGAAAUAAAUGGUGCUGCUUAUUGCAUGGCUGUGCAGUGCCACAAGGUCUUGCACGCCGACCAUGACCAACUUUUGCCUUAACAAUGGUGAUUAAAAUUGCUUUCUGGAUCUCUCUUAUGAACUGCUUGGGUUUGGUGUAGGAUAUAGUACUGCGUAUCUUAUCUCCCAACUGUGGGCAAUGCCGUUUGCCACUAUCGUCAUGGAGAUGCUGCUGCCAUUCCGUUCUGCGCUAAACCUCGGUGAUGAGGUGGCGUGCUGUAGUAAAUGCUGUUUAAAAGCUUAUAUUAGUGGUUUGUGAUGACCAUUUGUGAUGGUUUUUGGGGAGCUUUCUCCUUUUGUUUGUCUGUCUGCUUAAACUUAUUGUUGUACAUAGAAGUAGGCCUUUUAUAAGCUACAGUAGUACGAGAACUGCUUCAGGCCUGAUGCCUUGGUCCUACCAUCAUAGCAACUGUAGGUCUCUCUCCUUGAUGGCCACGAGUUGAAUCAAGACUUUUCUUGCUACAAAUGGCCCAUUUGUAGAAGGAAUGCCUUUGUUUUUGAAGUAGAUGAUUUUUAACUUUUUCAAAUGAUUGUGAAAGGUACUUUAUGACACUGUGGUGGGUGUUUUGGGAUGGUCUUUUUGUUACAGUCUAUUCUGCUUGCAGUCGUCUAAAGGGACACAGUUGUGGCAAAAUGGAAGCGAAGCCUCAUGGCAAUAUCUCCUCUUUCUGUGUGCUUCACUAACUCUGCUGAGUCGCUUUUGUUUGUAUGCAGGCGUGCACUUAUUUUGGAGAGCACAAAUACGCAAUUUAAGAUUGUGCAUCACAUCACUUGGCAAAGCAUGGGGCUCGUGCACUGCAUUAUUGAAGGGCUGGAAUUCGGUGAUUUCUUACCUGACUGCAUUUUCUUUCUUCUUUCUUCAUUGAAGCAUAGUUGGGAGCAUCGCUAACAUUUGAGAAUAAGAUUGUAUUUUGAAAUGCAGAACAAUCUAACCAGUGAGUGCUCAUUAUUGGGGGACAAGGAAGAAAUGGAAUUUGGAGUGCAAUCACUGUUGAAAUGUGGUCCCUGUAUCCACACAUACGCACGUGCGAUCAUAAAAAUUUGUAUGGUUUUCUAUGCUGUACAUUUCGGUUUUUUGUGUAAGAAGUUGCCUUGUGUACGUGAUCCCUAGGAAUGUUCCAAUUUUAACCACGAUCUUUGUCAGCGCUUGGAUAUAUAUUUGUUUUGUUUUUCACUUCUGACAUGUGUAUUCAUGCCAUGCCUAUGGCACAUUUAUGGGCAUGUCUACUCCAUGAACGCACUGUUUGGACGGGUUUUGCUUGUUGAAGAGCCUGCUAGUUUUUUUUUAACAAUGCUGGCUUUUCUCUGAGGCAUGUAUGGAAUGAAUGGAGAAAACACGAUGCUGAAGGAAUAAAAGUUUGGUGAGGAUA